ACUGCACAUCAACAGUUGAAGACGCGACCUCACCUCUCUCAGAUUAGACGGACAGGCAGCGGGGCCGGAUGCACUAUUAUGCUGAUGCGAUGCGGGACACUUUAUGUUCGUGCAUCGGAGGUAAACAGCAGCAUAUGCAAGUGAGUGUGUCAUUGGCUCCGGCUCUGCAAGGUUUUCCUGACAGCAUUGCGGUUUGAAGUGAAGAAGUUGUGCGGGAUACUCUCGAUGCAUGUGUCCUAACAGUCAGCAUACACUGCAGUCAGCACUGUCGGUGGUCGUUCGUUCUUUCGAUCAUUUACUGGAUCAUUUUAUUCAUGCUGGCAUGUAAUACGGUCAUUCUGUUAAAGAGGUUUAUAUCCUCAUUGACCAGCACAGGAUGUUUCCAUUUUAAACUAGAGAAAUUUGAAGAAGAUAUGGGACUUCGACAGUCCAGCAGGACAUCGGUUAGUGAAGAAACAGCAGAGGUCAACUUUGACCACUUUCAGAUCUUGAGGGCCAUUGGUAAAGGCAGUUUUGGGAAGGUAUGCAUUGUUCAGAAGAAGGACACAAAGAAGAUGUAUGCCAUGAAGUAUAUGAACAAACUCAAAUGUGUGGAGCGCAAUGAGGUGCGCAAUGUCUUCAAAGAGCUACAGAUUAUGCAGAACCUCGAACACCCUCUCCUGGUGAAUUUCUGGUACUCAUUUCAAGACGAGGAGGAUAUGUUCAUGGUUGUUGACCUGCUGUUAGGAGGAGACCUACGAUACCACCUACAACAGAACGUGCACUUUACUGAGAGUACAGUGAAGCACUACGUGUGUGAAAUUGCCCUGGCUCUGCACUACCUGCGCAACAAACACAUUAUCCACAGAGAUAUAAAGCCAGACAACAUUUUACUGGACGAGCAUGGUCAUGCACACCUGACAGAUUUCAACAUUGCCGCUAUUGUGAAAGAUGACUUAAAAGCCACAACUAUUGCUGGGACAAAACCUUACAUGGCUCCAGAACUGUUCCAGCCAUUCGAGGGAACACAUCCAGGGUACUCGUUUGCAGUGGACUGGUGGUCUUUAGGCAUUACUGCAUAUGAACUUCUCCGUGGACAGAGGCCAUACAUCAUGCGUGCCAACACAUCAGCCAAUGAAAUCCUGCAAGCUUUCCACAAGCUUCCCCCGUGUUACCCGGUGGCCUGGUCUCCAGGAAUCAAAUCCCUCUUAAGACAGCUAUUGUGUGUAGCUGCUCAGAAGAGGAUUUCCUGUCUGUCGGAGAUCCAGGAAAUGGACUUAUUCUCUGAUGUUAACUGGGACGCUGUGCUGAACAAACAAAUCCCACCAGGCUUUCUCCCUAAUAGGCAGAGACUCAACUGUGACCCCGCAUUUGAGCUGGAGGAGAUGAUACUUGAAUCCAAACCACUGCAUAAGAAGAAGAAGAGGUUGGCGAGGAAGACGAUAGAGAAUGGCUCUGAUGGAUCUCCACAGAAUGGGUUAAUCCAACAGCGCUUGGAGAGUGUCAAAAGAGACUUCAUCGUCUUCAACAGAGAAAAAUCAAGAAAAACCAAAGCUGACUCUGAGACAAGCAACCUCAAAACAGAGGAGACGCACAAAACCAUUCAAGAUGGACAGAACAACAACAUGUCUACAGCUCCAUGUUCAUCAAGUUAGCAUUGGGAUAGAGGGACACCAAACUUUCCUUCAAUCUAAGCUAACAGCGGAGCAUGGCCCACUGCAGCUUCCAUGGACUCCAAAGAAAUGCAUGAGAAAUACAUACAGAAGAGGGAAAACAUAGACACAGGAAUGUCAUAGAAACUCAGGACUUAGGGGUAUGUGAACCCGGUGUGACCCCAUGCAUUAAGCCUAGAACAAAGAACUGACAUUUUUAAAUUAAAAACUAGCAUAGACUGAAUACUACACAAUCACAAAUAAAUAAACUGAAGAAAAAGUAAUUGAAUAAUGAUUAUUUUUUUAACCUAGAGACAAUACAACCAUCAUUUAAUUGUGUGCCUUACUAGUUUGAUGGAAUUCACUAAUGCGCUUGGAGGCACAUGAAGAUUUAAUGCUCAAGAAUUUCUCUGUUAUUUAUAAAGCUGCUCUUGUUAACACACAAAUGCAUAGAAUAGAAUGCAAAUUAUAUUUUGCAUCAUUAUGCCUAUGUGACUAUAGUGUAAGAAUAUGUAAAUGUGAACCUUAAAGUGCUGCAUAUACAUUCAUUCAUUGUGUUUAUUCAUUUGUUUGGCUUGUCAGACCUGCAGCAUUUUGGAGAUUCAUAGCUGGAUAUCAUUGUGUAGCUGUAGAAGAUUUUGUCUAAACCACAAUUGCACAGUACAGAUACUGUAAUAAAAUAC